AUGAAGACUUUACGGCGUCUUACGUUAACCGUUUAUGGUGCCCGCAAGAUUUUUGACCUCAUGAGCCAGCAUUUCAAUUUGCAACAGAAGGAGCAGCUAUCCGCUGCGAAGCGUGUUGCCUGUGCUGAUUUCGACGUACCGGGCGUGAAGCGUUUGAUGAGACCCCUUUAG